GCGGCAAGCCGAUGGGGGCGCUGUCAAUUGUGAAUCCACCCUAAGAUUCGGCGUCAGAAAUGACCAUUAAAAGGGACUAAAAAUGGAAGAUUAUGCAGAUUCCAACGUCGGAGAGUAUAGUAAUUCAACCCUUUCAAUCAAGCGUCAUGUGAGAUUUUUCAGGAUGUGUCUUCAAGCUCUGCCUUCGUCGUAUUCAUCUCUUGAUACAAGCAGACUCACCGUUGCUUUCUUUGCGCUAUCUGGUUUGGAUGUCCUCAAUUCUCUUGAUGUUAUUGAGUCUGAGAAACAAGAUAUCAUCAACUGGAUAUAUUCUCUUCAAGUGUUACCAGACCCUGAGAAUACAGAUGAGUCAUUAUCAAGAUGUGGUUUCAGAGGUUCUUCUACUAUUGGCUUAACUUUUAAUCCAUCAGAGAAAGACACUGCCACCUUCCAUCCCUAUGACUGGGGCCAUGUUGCAAUGACAUACACAGGUCUGGCAUCACUUCUUAUCUUAGGGGAUGAUCUAUCUAGAGUGAACAUGCCAGCCAUCGUUGCAGGUCUCAAGGCUCUCCAGCUUGAGGAUGGAAGUUUCUCAGCUCUGGAGAAUGGCAGCGAGAAUGACAUGCGAUUUGUGUACUGUGCCUGUUGCAUCAGUUACAUGUUACAAGACUGGAGUGGAAUCAACAAAGAUAAAGCUGUGCAAUUUAUUCAAAAUUCACUGACUCAUGAUUUUGGAAUAGGACAAGGUCCAGGUCAAGAAUGCCAUGGUGGUACUACAUUUUGUGGAAUCGCUUCACUGGUGCUUUUGGAUCGGUUGGAAACUGCAUUCACACAGAAACAGAUAGAUGGGAUCAAGAAAUGGUGUUUAUUUAGGCAGCAGACUGGUUUCAAUGGCCGACCAAACAAGAAGACAGAUACCUGCUAUUCUUUCUGGGUUGGAUCUACACUCAAGCUUCUAAAGGUGUUUAACCUGAUAGACUUCCGAUGGAAUAGGAACUACAUCUUAUCCACGGAAGACACAGGCAUGGGAGGUUUCGCCAAGUGGCCUGACUUCCACCCCGAUGCUCUCCAUGCUUACCUAGGACUAUGUGGCUUAUCAAUGAUGGGAGAGGAAGGCUUGGCACCGAUACACCCCGCCCUCAACAUCUCCCAAAGAGCGGCAGACCAUCUACUCAGUAUACACAAUAAAUGGAGGGAUGGAGCUGAUUCGUGAUGAUUUUAAUAGCAACACUGAAACAGAUAACACUAUUAUAUACAUCUAUAGAUAGCUGAAACUGUGGCAUCGCCAAUAUUUCAACUCCAACUCUGAAAAGAUCAAUGAUGUUGUCAGCUGAGAGCCAGAAGGGCCUUAAAGGUAAAGACCAGUAUUGGAAAUGCCCCAAUUUCAAAAAAUGAAAUGGAAGCUCUCAUUACCAAUCAUGUGA